UGCGACAUGAGCAGAUAUUCUUCAGCGGUGACAAGAUCUCGUGUUCACUCCGUAACAGACGGAAAAGAAGAAGAUACGUCCAGAGGAUAAAAGAUAAAUAAAAAAAAAAAAAAAACUUUUCAGAGACAGCAAAAUCAUGUCGGGAAUUCAGCACGUGUAAGAACUUUCCUAGAGGUAUUUUAGCUAUAGUCAGGUCUUUUAACUCGCAAGUCGUGAAAUAAGAGCACAUUUUACGUCAUUUUAUUUUAUUUUAGUUUAUUGUUUUAAUUAAACACGACAAAAAAGUAACCCGAGGACCAGAGAGGAGAAGUCCCGCCUUCAGCAGCCUCACUAAGUUUUUGACGCCACGAUGGACAGCGACAAGAAAGUGACCUUCCAGCUGUUGCUGACUGUGGGAACAGCUGUGAUUGGCUCUCUUCAGUUCGGUUAUAACACAGGUGUUAUCAACGCACCUCAGAAGAUCAUCCAGAGCUUCUACAAUGAGACGUGGUUUGACCGAUAUGGUGAGCCAAUACCUGAAGCAUCCCUCACAUCACUGUGGUCUUUCUCAGUGGCCAUCUUCUCUGUGGGGGGGAUCUUUGGCUCCUUCUCCGUUGGCCUCUUUGUCAAUCGCUUUGGAAGGAGAAACUCGAUGCUCAUUGUUAAUGUGCUAGCCUUCAUCUCAGCAGCGCUGAUGGGCUUCUCUAAAAUGGCAGCCUCAUGGGAAAUGUUGAUCAUUGGCCGUUUUGUGGUGGGGCUUUUCUCUGGCCUUUGCACUGGGUUUGUACCCAUGUAUGUGGGUGAAGUUUCACCUACCGCCCUCCGAGGAGCCUUGGGAACUCUGCAUCAGCUGGGCAUUGUUAUAGGCAUCCUUAUAGCUCAGGUGUUUGGUCUGGAUGUGAUCUUGGGCAACGCCGAUCUGUGGCCCUUCCUGCUGGGCUUUACCUUCAUCCCAGCACUGCUGCAGUGCUUCCUGUUACCCCUCUGCCCCGAGAGUCCUCGCUAUCUCCUCAUCAACUGCAAUGAAGAGAACAAAGCUAAAUCAGUGUUGAAAAAGCUGCGUGGAACAACAGAUGUGAGUUCAGACAUGCAGGAGAUGAAGGAGGAGAGCAGGCAAAUGAUGAGGGAGAAGAAAGUGACCAUCCUAGAGCUGCUCUCCUCCCCACUCUACCGGCAGCCUUUAAUAGUCGCCAUCGUACUGCAGCUGUCACAGCAAUUGUCUGGCAUCAACGCUGUUUUCUACUUUUCCACGAGCAUCUUUGAGACAGCUGGUGUGGCGCAGCCUGUGUAUGCCACAAUCGGAGCGGGAGUCGUCAACACAGCGUUCACUGUGGUGUCGCUGUUUUUAGUGGAGAGAGCUGGCCGCAGAUCACUGCAGCUAAUAGGACUGCUGGGUAUGGCUGUGUCUGCAGUCCUGAUGACAAUUGCCCAAGCACUGCAGGUACAGGUCCCGUGGAUGUCAUACAUGAGCAUCAUUGCUAUUUUUGCCUUUGUGGCAUUCUUUGAAAUCGGACCAGGCCCCAUCCCUUGGUUCAUCGUAGCCGAGCUGUUCAGUCAAGGCCCUCGGCCUUCUGCUAUUGCCGUGGCUGGGUUCUGCAACUGGACGGCCAACUUCAUAGUGGGAAUGUGCUUUCAGUAUGUGGCGAACCUCUGUGGUGCAUACGUCUUUAUCAUCUUUACUGUCCUAUUGCUGUUUUUCUUCGUUUUCACAUACUUCAAAGUUCCAGAGACAAAAGGCCGGACAUUUGAGGAGAUUGCUGCCGGUUUCUCCCGGCCAGCUGCUGCAGGCGUAGAGAAAGCAUCACCUGAAGAGCUGAACAGCCUGGGGGCUGGGGAUUCUGAGCUCUGAGCCCCACCUCCUUCAUUCCCUCACACUCCUUGACACAACUACUGAGAGAGGAACAUGCUGGAAACACAUUUCUCUCUCUGCCUGUUCAAUGCCUCUGUUCUUCCUUUUUCAUAUGUGUACAUAGGUGUGGAGAGGUGGGAAAGCUGUAUUUAGAGAUUUCCAGCAUUGUUUUAUAUUUACAUGAGAAAAUAUUUUACUUUUUAAACGUUGUAUCUGUUACCUUGUCUGUACAAUAAGACGAAAUUAUUUUUAUAAUGAUCAUUCCUGUUGUCCACCAGCAUACUUUUAUCGAGGCUUAAACAUAGUGAAUUCCAUAUAACUGUAUCUUUCUUUUAUGCAAGUCAGAGAGCUUUAGGAUUGGGCUUAUUUAUUCAAAGCAAUGAGAGAUUGAUGGAUGGAUGUCAAAUUAGCUAAUGGGAAGAUAGAAUAGGGACAAGCUUUGAAUUGUGGUGUGCUGUGGCCCUCCUGGAAUCUGCUUUUACAGACUUCUUCCCCUACCUGCCAUUUCUGUAUUCUCAAAUAGAGAUUAUAUUUAUUUUACAAGUGAUUUUAUAUAUUGCCUUUAUCCGUGAUUUUGAGCAAGCUGGAUAAGGCGCGGUGUGUUUGUGCCUCAGAGUUCCAUGGUAAGGGUAUGAUCCUGAGCUCUGUUUACUGUGUAGGCUCUCCAGUGGUUCACAGUGCUUUCAGGAUAAGCUCCAGAUCCACCACACCCCUCAACAGUAUAAGUGGUAAUGGGCAAUAAACUUUUUAGUCCUAUGUAUUUUAUAAUUACGAAUGUAUUUACAUUUUUACAAUUGCUAUCUUCUGAACAAAAGUUGAGUUGCACUGACAUUAAAAAACAUUUCCAAAUUAUUUUAAUCAUGUAUGACAAUUUUGACAGUAUAUCAUUAAUGUUGUACAACACAUGUAUACUGUACACAACUCAUAUAUGUCAGUUCAUCACCAUGAAGAUAUUUUAAAAGAAACCAGCAUGUCGACAGCUUUAUAAUUCCUAUUUUAUGGUUUUAAUUUAAUUUUUUUUUUUAAAAAAAAAGAUGGAUUUUUUUAGUCUUGAUUCAAAUAAGAAUGAGGCUUUCCUGAAGCUUUCUUUAUCACUCACAUCUCGUCUGACAUUAAUCACACCUAACACAGUGUGGUUAGAGUGAGUUUGUUAUAAAGUAAGAAACAUUCUGAUGAAGAAAAACUGAAAUAGUGAUGUUUUGCACACUUCCCAGUUCUUGUAAUGUUCAACAAUUUCAUGCGUAUAAUUUUAGGCAUGAAAAAUCUGACUGUUGCAUUCUGGAUUCAAAUUUUGCAUGGCCAGUUUGAACAACACAUGGAAUGUGUGUCAGGGUGCAGGGUACAUGUUGAGGGCUUUCAGGCUAAUUAGCAAAAGCAUUCCAGAAAGAGUGUGUGCAUGGGUUUGUAUGUGUGGGUGUGUCCUGUUGCACAUGGAAAAAAGCACUGUAUUAGGUCAGAAUAUCGGGUUGGCUCAAAAGAUGUAUUUUGUCUAACAAUGUUUGCAACCUCUUUGUACCUGAAAGAACCAGCGUGUAUCAUAAUGGACACAGGGUGAGCUUAUCAUUGCCUUAAAACAAUAAGUGGCCAUGGCAACAUGCAUAAAGAAAAACGUUGUACAUAGCAGAAAAACUGUUUCAUAAUUUCCUAUGUAUGUGGUUUGAUAUGAUUUUUUUUUUUUACAACUUUUUUUUUUCCAGAUAAUAAUGAAACUCACUUCUUGACUAGACUGUAAUGCUGUAAUACUGUAAAGAUAGUUUAAAAUGUUAAGUUGUAUAGUUUUACUGUUAAAUAGUGUUGUAUUUAUUAGCUUGCCUAAUUUAUUUAGUUUUUGGAUUUUAAUAUCUUGUUUAAUAUCAAUAAAAUGUGAAAAAUAUA